CAUCCUAUAAGUUAACUCAAUGAGGCACCUGCUCCUUGGCUCUGUCGGGAUUCCCACUGAUCUCCCCGACAAUGACGGCUUUUGGCGGGACGCGAACCACACCUCCCCGGCGCCCUGAGAGCCCCUUCUCCUCUUGGAGCUUCGUUGGGGUCCUUUUGGUGGCUCUAGUGCUCCAGUUGCCCACAUCCUUCGGGAUUUUUUGUGACCCUCCUCCUCCUAUCCGAAAUGGUCGGAAUAGUUAUACUUCUGGCUCCAUACCUCUUAACACUUUGGUGAGGUACAGUUGUCCCUCUAACUUCCGCAUCAUUGGAGAAAAGAAUCUUUUCUGUAUAAGUAAAGACCAAGUGAAAGGAAUCUGGGAUAAACCUGCUCCUACAUGUGAAUAUUUCAACAGAAGAUCUAUUUGCUCUGAGCCCGUAGUGGCAGGGGGACACAAAGAUAAAAGAUCUAGACCACCAUACAUACAUGGUGAUUCUGUGACCUUUACCUGUGAUGCCAACUUCACCAUGAAAGGAAGCAAGACCGUUUGGUGCCAAGCAAAUAAAAGGUGGGGGCCGACACCACUACCAACCUGUGAGAGUGAUUUCCCCCUGGAGUGUCCACCACUUUCCAUGAUCGCCAAUGGACAUCACACAGCAGAGAAUGUCAGCCUCUUUGUCCCUGGACUGUCUGUGACUUACAGCUGUGAGCCUGGCUACUUGCUUGUUGGAGAAACGACCAUUCGUUGUUUGUCUUCAGGAGACUGGAGUGCAGUCAUUCCACAAUGUGAAGAGGCCCAGUGUGAUGCUCCAGGACCACUGCUCAAUGGGCAGGUAAAGGGGCCUGCAAGUCGUCAAGUUGGCGCAACUAUAACCUUUUCCUGUAACGAAGGAUAUCGAUUACGAGGCCAACCUUCUAGUCAGUGUGUAAUUGCUGGACAGAGAGCUUUAUGGACCAAGAUGCCAAAAUGUGAAGCAAUCCUUUGCCCACCACCUCGUCCUAUUCUCAAUGGAAGGCAUACAGGCAACCCUUCAGGGAACAUUCCAUAUGGAAGCACAGUCACUUACACUUGUGACCCGGGCCCAGAGAGAGGAGUGGACUUCAUCCUGAUUGGGAAGGACACUAUCCAUUGCACCACUGAUAGUCAGAAGACUGGGAUCUGGAGUGGUCCUGCCCCACGCUGCGAACUUUCUACUCCUGGAACUCACUGUCCACCUCCCCAGAUCCUAAGAGGCCAAAUAUUGUCUGGGCAGAAAGAUCAAUAUUCAUAUAAUGACACUGUGGUAUUUCAUUGCUCGUUGGGCUUCACCUUGAAAGGUAGCGAGAGAAUAAGGUGCAGUGCCCUAGGCACAUGGGAGCCCUCUGCACCUGUCUGUGAAAAGGCGUGCCAAGCCCCUCCUGAAAUCCUCAAUGGGCAAAAGGAAGAUCGACAUGGGAUGCGCUUUGAGCCUGGAACAUCCAUAAAAUACAGCUGUGACCCUGGCUAUGUGCUGGUGGGCGAAGAAUCCAUACAUUGCACCUCUGAGGGGGUGUGGACACCCACUGUCCCCAAAUGCAAAGUGGCAGAGUGUGAACCUAUAGGAAAGUAUCUCUACAAAAAACCCCAGGAUCGAGUGAUUAGACCAGAUGUUAACUCUUCUUGUGAUGAAGGGUCCCGGUUAGGUGAGAGUGUUUAUCAGCUGUGUCAAGGCACCAUUCCUUGGUUUAUAGAGAUUCGUCUUUGUAAAGAAAUCACCUGCCCACCGCCCCCUGUUAUCGACAAUGGGGCACACACAGGGAGUUCCUCAGAAGACUUUCCAUAUGGAACCACAGUCACUUAUUCCUGUAACCCUGGGCCAGAGAAAGGCGUGGAAUUCAACCUCAUCGGGGAGAGCACCAUCCGUUGUACAAAAGAUGGUCAGGAGAGGGGCAUCUGGAGUGGCCCUGCUCCUCUUUGUAAACUUUCCCUCCCUGCUGUUCAGUGCUCACAUGCCUACAUUGAAAAUGGAUACCAGAUAUCGGGCAAGGAAGCCCCAUAUGUCUACAAUGACAGUGUGACAUUCAAGUGUGUUGAUGGAUUUACUUUGAAGGGCAGCAGUGAGAUUCGUUGCAAAGCCAAUGACACCUGGGAUCCCGAAAUACCCAUUUGUGAGAAAGACUGCCAGCCACCUUCGGGGCUGCACCAUGGUCGGCAUACAGGCGGAAAUAGGGUCCUCUUUGUCUCUGGGAUGACUGUAGACUACACCUGUGACCCCGGCUACUCGCUUGUGGGAAACAAAUCCAUUCACUGUAUGCCUUCCGGAAACUGGAGUCCUUCUGCCCCUCGGUGUGAAGAAGCGCCAUGUGAGCCCCAGGGAGGAGAUGUUCACGAGCUUCCAGCUGAUUCGCAUGUGGUUCUAGUUAAUACAUCCUGUCAAGAUGGGUAUCAGCUGACUGGACAUACUUAUCAGAAGUGUGAAGAUGCUGAGACUGGUGUUUGGUUCCGAAGGAUUCCACUCUGUGAAGCUACUCACUGUCCACGUCCACCAGUGAUUAACAACGGGAGGCACACAGGUGUGAGGGCAGAACACUUUCUCUAUGGAAUUGAAAUCUCUUAUGAAUGUGACCAAGGAUUCUCUCUUCUGGGAGAGAGAAACAUACGAUGCAUAAGUGAUUCUGAAGGACAUGGAUCUUGGAGUGCACCUCCCCCACAGUGCUUAAAACCUCCUCCUGUGGCCCACUGCCCUCACCCAGAGGUCAAACAUGGGUACACGCUGAAUAAAACUCAUUCGUCAUAUUCCCUCAAUGACACUGUACAUGUUGCCUGCAACCCUGGUUUCAUCAUGAAUGGCAGUGACUUGGUUAGGUGCCAUGCCAAUAACAAAUGGGUGCCAGGUGUACCAACGUGUAUCAAAAAGGGGUCACUUGCUCCUCUUCUUGGUGGUCUUUCUGCAGGUUUCGUGGUUCUUAUCUGCUUGGUUAGUGUCACCUUGUACAUGAUAUUAAAACACAGAAAAUACAAUUAUAGACAUAAAAGCCUCAUAGAAGAUCUUCAUUUAGAGACACGAGAAGUAUAUUCUGUUGAUCCAUACAACCCAGCAAGAUAACCAGAAGUGUGCCUUCGUGCUUGGAAUGCAGCUGAACACGGGUUGGAAAGAAACCAUUUGAAUAUCAGCAAGUCUAUCUGUAUGGGCUCCCCAUCACCGAAAUGAUGUCUUAAGCUGUAACUUCCUAUUUGCACUUAUUCUCGAGCAACACAAGGAACGUUUGCCUGAUGAGAAAGACGGGAGCCCAGUGUCACUGCCACCUGCUCUCCAAGGACUUUCUGAAGCCUCGCCUGUGAUGCGCCUGGAGCCAGGCUUUGGCUAUAAGCAGUUACAUACUAGUGGCUCUGAGGAGUCAUCUUUUCUAGGAAAGCACUAAAGUGAACUGUUUUUAUAUGCAGACUCUUCCUUUUUUAUAAUCAGCAUACUUACUGUUACCACAUAGUUUUGGUUAUAGUGUGGUUUUAAUUAUUUAGUCAUAGUAUGAAGGAUUUCCUGUGGUUUUCAUGGGCAUAUCUUUAUAGAGAAGUCUGAUUUUAUUUUAAUAGUGGUUUUUCUUCUCAGAUAGAGUUAAACAUUUCAUUUUAAUUUCCACUUGGUUUGAGGUUUUCUACACUAUAUACUUUCUGUUUCCAUGAUCACUCAGUAAUUCCAACUCAAACAAGUUUUUUCUUUUAAUAAUGGGAGUGAAAUUUUAAUUCCAAAGUUUUUGUGUACAAUUUAAUCUUUAGAUAUAUUCUUGGUGCUUUUGUCAGAAGAUCUGGUUGCUUGUAAAAUGUCAUUUCAAAUAAAUUUUAUCUUUAA